CCAAACUAAGUUCUGCCUUCUGCGCGAGUGAAGAGUGAAGAAUAGCCGCAAGUCCGCGACUAUGCGAGGCGGCGAGCUCAGCCAUCGACCUGAAGAAUGACAGAAAUCGGAAGUAAGAUAAGUGAAAGUGGGGCUUCAAAUGAUACCAUACAUAAUACUUCAUCUCCGAAUGAAGUUGAAGUUGACAUUGAAGCUUCAAAGAAAAGAAAAGCCAUGGAACCUAGGGCUGCUUGUUGGAAGCAUUUUGAGAAAUUCAUCGAUGAAGAUGGAGCUACUAAAGCAAAAUGUAAUUAUUGUGGAAAAACGUAUGCUGCUGCUACAAAAGGUAAUGCUACUUCCGCUAUGAAUAACCAUAUGACUAAAAAAAAGUGUCCUAACUUUCCCUCUACCGAAGAUUAUGGUCAGAAAUUAAUAAAUUUUUUACCAUCUUCAACGGGAGCAAAGGAAGGGGUGAUUAGCACUUGGAAAUUUGAUCAAGCACAAAGUAGAAGAGCUUUAGCUCAAAUGAUAAUUGUUGACGAGUUGCCAUUUAGUAUUGUUGAGAAGGAAGGUUUUAGGAAUUUCAUGAAAGUUACAGUGCCACAAUUUCAUAUUCCUUCUCGUAGAACUUUGACAAGGGAUUGUUAUGAACUUUAUAGUGAAGAAAAAAAACUCUUGAAGAAGUCUUUCAAAGAAGCACGUCCAAAAGUUUGUCUUACGACAGAUACUUGGACGUCAAUUCAAAGAAUCAACUACUUGUGUCUAACAGCCCACUUUAUAGAUAGAAAUUGGACUUUGCAUAAACGAAUUAUAAAUUUUUGUCCUAUUUCCAGUCAUAAAGGUGAUGAUAUGGCAGCUUCCAUUACUCAUUGUUUGCUUGAUUGGGGUUUGGAUAAUGUGUUUACCAUAACAGUUGAUAAUGCUAGUUCCAAUAGUGUUACUGUUAAAGAAAUAUCUAAGCAACUGACUAAUUGGGGAACUAACAUAAUGGAGGGUCAGCAUCUUCAUGUGAGGUGUAUGGCACAUAUUCUUAAUCUUAUUGUGCAAGAUGGGUUGAAGGAAGUUGGUCAGUCAGUCAAGCGAGUGAGGCAAGCCGUGAAAUACAUUAGACAAUCUCCUGCAAGAAUUAAAAAAUUUAAAGAAUGUUGUGAAUCUCAAUUGAUAACUUAUAGUUUUUAUGAUAUUGGGUUUCUUGAUUAUCUCCGUACCCAUGAUUGUGAAGAUGGAACUAAAGCAGGUGUCCUCACUAGUGUUGAUUGGGAAAAUGUGAGGUCAAUGAUUAAGUUUCUUGAAACUUUUUAUACACUUACUUUGAAGGUCUCUGGUUCAAAGUAUGUUACAAAUAAUGUGCACUUUGUGGAAAUUGCUGAGCUUGAUCUUAUUUUGAAAGAGAUGACAGAAAAUGAAGAUUCUAAUUUGAAAAAAAUGGCAGAAAGUAUGAGAGACAAAUUCAGAAAAUAUUGGGGAGAACCAGAUAACAUGAACAAAAUGAUUUUUAUAUCAGUUGUGUUGGAUCCUCGAAACAAGCUUGAUUAUGUUCGUUUUGCAAUUGGUGAUAUGUUUGGAAAAACAAUUGGGGAGCCACUUGCUGAUGCAGUGGAUAAAUACAUGAAAGCUUUGUUUGAUCAUUAUGUUAAGAAAUCAUCAAAAGUCUCUUUAUUUUCAUCAUCUUCACCUACUUCAUCUGGGAACUCAUCGAGUAUAUCUAGUGUGAGCGGUGAUGAUAACUUUCAAAAAAGAGGAUCAAUGAGAACGAAGCUAGAAUUUGUGAGGCAUAAAGUAGUUAGUGGAAGUUCAAGUAGUAAAUCAGAGUUGGGUAGAUAUCUUGCUGAAGAUGUUGAGCCAGAGACUGAUCAUUUUGAUAUAUUAAAGUGGUGGAAAUUUAAUGAGCCAAGAUUUCCUAUUCUUUCUGAGAUGGCUCGUGAUGUAUUAGCCAUUCCUAUUUCAAGUGUCGCAUCUGAAUGCGCAUUUAGCACAGGAGGUCGCAUUCUUGAUCCUUUUAGGAGUUCAUUGACUCCUAAACUAGUGCAAGCUCUUAUUUCUCUUCAAGAUUGGUAUAGAAGUGAACCAAUUCCAAUUAAUGUUGAGGAAGAUCUAGAAUAUCUUGAGCUACUUGAACUUGAUAUGGCUCAUAGUGGAAAUGAAUCUAGUAUUGUGGAUGUGUAGUUAUAACUAUCAAGCAGUAAGUAAAAUUUAAUUUAAAAUCUUUUUCUAUUAGCAUUCAACACUUGUUUUUCUCUUUUUUUCGUUGAGUUGAGUUUACUUUCUAUCAUAUAUCUAAAGAGUUCCAUUUUCUCUCAGGCAUAUUUAUAGUUUGUAUGUUAUUAUGGUGAACUGAUCGAGUUGGACUGCAGUGUUGUUGUUGGACUGCUGACUGCAGUG